AUGGAGUCUGACAUCGCACAUGAUCUCGACAAGUUGAACAUUCGCGAUAUCCUCAACGCAGACUCACGACCAACGUUUAUUAUCGAUCUUGAUCCUGAUGAUGAGACACCACUACGCUCAAAGGCUAUCCAGCCUGUGUUUUGCAACAGUGCACUCGCCACGCAUGAAAGACUCCUAGAUGCUGUGCGCGGUGAGCAGAGCGAGAGUGAGUAUGGAGAGUUCAAGACUUGGGCUACAGGAAUUACAAAGCAGGAUGACUCAAAGGAUGUGUUUCCGUUGUUCUUUCUGUACAAGGGUUUGCUUUGGACGGGGUCGACGGUUGGCAAGAGAUGGAGGUUGAUUAGUGGGAAUCGACUUUGGCAGCAUCCUGAUACGCCGGCGAGUUUGUCGUCGAGUGCGCUUUCAAGAGCGAGUACGCCGAGUCUCAAGGAGCAGGAUACCCCCAAGGGUGAGGUUGCGAAAACGCCGAAGCAGGAGCCUGAGCCGAAGGACGAGACCGUCGAUGAUACGACGCUUGAGAUGACCCCGACGGAAGCAACACUAAUAGCAUCGACACCGCGAAAAUUCCCCUUCCGAUCUUGGUGGAGAGGCAGUACCUCCAAGGGAAGUUCAGAUCGCAACACGGGCAGUUCAAGCAGCGGCUCCAUCAUCCUAGGCAAGCCCGAAAAAGCCGUCGCAGACUGGACAGUCACGAACCCCAAAGGUCUCCUAUCACCAUACAUCCGCCUCCUCCGCGCCAUAGACUGGUCCUCCACACCCCUAGGUCCCAUGUCAACAUGGUCCCCCGAACUCCGCCAAGUAGCGAAUCUCGUAAUCAACAACCCUCACCCCGCGAAUAUCUUCUGGGGCAGCGACAUGACGAUGCUCUACAACGAAGCGUACGCCGUUACAUUCGCCGGGAACAAGCACCCAUCUAUGCUCGGCACAGGAGCGUCGGGGCCGUGGUCUGAAGCUUGGGAUGUUCUUGGACCGGCGCUACAAGAGGUUGUGAGGACAGGCGUGAGCUUUCGAAGCGAUAACAAUGAUCUGGCGUUGUUUAGGAGGGGGUUCUUGGAGGAGACGCAUAUUUGCUGGUCGCUUACGCCGCUGUAUGGUGGGACGGAGAGGAUCGUGGGAUUUUACAAUGCGCCGUUUGAGACGACGGAUUUGGUGUUGAGUCAGCGACGCAUGGGAACGAUCAACAAGGUGAGUGAAUCGUUGAGGAAAGCGACGAGUAUCAAGAGUUUCUGGAAGUCUGUUCUCGAUGGUCUUGAGGAUAAUCAUCGAGAUGUCCCGUUUGCACUUCUAUACUCUGUCGGCGAGGCUGAAGAAGCAGAUCAUCAGUCUAGUUCGUCGGGGAGUACGAUAUCAAGCAAGUCUUGUUAUUUGGAGGGAACGAUUGGAAUACCGCUUGGACAUGAUGCUGCUCCGGAGCAGAUUGAUCUCAAGAGGAGUUAUCGGGGAUUUGUGCCUUCGUUUCGAGAGGCGAUGCGGACGAGGGAGCCUACGCUUGUGAGGAUACGAGAUGGAACAUUGCCUGAGGACCUACUGCAUGGGAUUCAGUGGAGAGGAUUUGGAGAGGCUGGGACGGAGGCGAUUAUCUUUCCGGUGAGACCUACGAAUGGUGAGACGGUGCUGGCGUUUCUCGUGCUGGGUGUCAAUCCGAGGAGGCCGUAUGAUGAGGGAUAUAUUUCCUUUGCAACGCUGCUGAACAACCAACUCGCUACUUCACUAGCCUCUACCAUUCUUUUCGAAGACGAGACUCGACGAGGUCGCGAUGCCGCAGAAGCAGCAGCGCUUGAGAAAGAGGAACUCACCCAACAAUUGGACCUUCAAGCGAGUCGUCUUCGAAGAAUGACGGAGUUAUCCCCAUUAGGAAUGUUUCUUACCAGCCCAGAGGGUAUUCUCCGCGAAGCAAAUGAUCGCUUCUACGAAAUGACAGGCCAUAGUCGCGAUACACAAGGCGAUGUAUCCUGGGCAGAUCUCAUGAAAAACUCCGGUAGUGUAAUGGAACAAGGAUGGCAUCGCCUAACGCAGGAUAUGCUCCCCUGGUCAGGAGAAGUCAAACUCCGAGAAAGUUUCGAAAAUCCCGUCAACAUCCACGGGGAACCUAUCGACUUUUGGGUCCUCGUCACAGCGCAUCCUGAAAUUACCCCCAGUGGAACUUUGCGGUCUAUCAUGGGAUCCAUAACGGAUAUAUCUCAUCUCAAAUGGGCUCAAGGAUUGCAGAAUCGGAGAUUGCAAGAGGCAGAGGAAACGAGACGUCAGCAGAAUGAAUUCAUCGACAUAACAUCCCACGAGAUGCGAAAUCCUCUGAGUGCAAUUCUCCAAUGCGCUGAUGACAUCACCUCUGCGAUGCAAGCAUGCCGCACCAACGGGAUCGCAGCGUCACAGGAAGCUAUUGAAUCAUGUCUUGAUGCAUCGCAGACAAUAGCGCUUUGUGUUCAGCAUCAAAGAUCAAUCGUGGACGAUAUUCUCACCGUUUCAAAACUUGAUUCUAAUCUUUUGCUCAUCACGCCGGUGGUGUGUCAGCCACAAGCUAUCGUUGAGAGAGUAGUCAAGAUGUUUGAGUCAGAGAUGCUAGCGAAGGAUAUCACGCUUGAGAUCGACAUCAGUCCUGAGUUUGAGACGUUAGCUGUUGAUUGGGUUGCCAUGGAUCCAAGCCGUGUUCUGCAGAUCCUUAUCAAUCUCAUGACCAACGCUAUCAAAUUCACGGCCUCUUCUGUAAAGCGGCUGAUUAAAGUCGCCGUUGGAGUGUCGAAGAAUCCACCCGAGAUUCACAACAUUCCUGGCUUUGCGUUUGCGCCUACGAGGGGUGAGAUCGGUAGUGUCGUUGGCUCCGAUGAAUGGGGUUCUGGAGAGGGUCUGUACGUGAGGUAUAGAGUGCAGGAUACAGGCUGUGGAUUGACCGACGAUGAGAAAACGCGGCUGUUUCAACGAUUCAAGCAGGCUAGUCCACGAACACACUACAAAUACGGUGGCAGUGGUCUUGGACUGUUUAUAUCGAAACGACUGGCAGAGCUACAUGGCGGUCGAAUCGGCGUUGCCUCUACAGCCGGCAAAGGAAGUGACUUUGGUUUCUACAUUCAAGCUCGGCGAUGUCUACCACCCAGCGAACAAACCUCCCCCCAGCCAAUCCUCUCCGAAACACCAUCCACUACAAACCCUACCAACAAAACAGUCCACCUAUUAUCCCCCAACCCCUCCGCCCGAACCCGCCGUGAAAGCAUCCUCGCCGCCGUCUUCACCCCCUCCUCCCUAACAAUCCACAUAGUCGAAGACAACCUCAUCAACCAAAAAGUGCUAGUUAACCAACUCCGCAAAGCAGGCUGUACCGUAAGCGCCACAAACGAUGGUCUCGAAGCGCUAGAGUUUCUCAAAAAGACGCAUUUCUUUAAAGCGGGGGGAUCGGAUUUAUCAGUUGUGCUUAUGGACUUGGAGAUGCCGAACAUGGAUGGGUAUCAGUGUGUAAGAGAGAUAAGAAGGUUGGAGAGUGAGGGGUUGAUCAAGAAGCAUGUUCCUGUUAUUGCGGUUACGGCGAAUGUGAGGGAUGAGCAGAUUCGGAUGGCGUUGGAUUGUGGGAUGGAUGAUCUUGUUUCGAAGCCUUUUAGGAUUCCGGAGGUUAUGAGUAAGAUUGAGGGGUUGUUGAAGAAGUGUAAUGGGUAAUUGGCAUGGUGACUUUUGGAGCAAGUGGUUACUUCGAGGUUAGAUUUUGUUUAUGAGCAUUUGGCGUUAUGUGAGAGCAAUUCAAUUCAGCUGGCCCAUCAGCAGUC